UUCAUCUCGGAGCUUAUGAAAAACAAUGUAUUUGGUAUAAUAGAGUGUUGAGCGGUGGCGCGACCAGUCGCCGAUCGCACGUCGCGUAGUGCGGGCGUGUUGCGUGUUGUAUUGCGUGUAGCCGUGUCACACUCGCGAGUCGCGCGUGGAAACCAGCCAAUUCAUCUAUUUACGGAUCCCGGAAAGCGAACGGUGGCGCCAUGCACACGGGCUGGCUGGCGUGGGAGUGCGUGGUGUUCGCGCUGUUCGUGUGCGCCUCGUCGCUGGUGCCGCUGUGGCGCCGCAAGCGCGACGCGGCGGCGGGCGGCGACGCCAAGCGCGCCUACAUCUUCGCGGGCGGCGGCGUGUCCACGCUCGCCAUGAUCCUGUCGGUGGCGCGCGGCACGCUGGGCGUGCGCUCGUUCCUGGGCUUCCCGUCGGAGCUGGUGUACUUCGGGUCCGCCAUGUGGGAGACGCUGUACGGCAUGGCGCUGGCCUUCCCGCUGGUGUGCUGGAUCUUCAUCCCCGUGUACUACCGGCUCAACACCAACUCCGUGUACGAGUACUUGCAGAUGCGGUUCGGGUCUCGCAGCGUGCGGCGCGUGGCGGCGGCCACGUUCCUGCUGCGGCAGACGCUGAACCUGGCCGUGACCGUGUACACGCCCACCGUGGCGCUGCACGCCGUGCUGCGCCUGCCGCACUGGGCCGCCGCCGCCGCGCUCACCGCCGUGGCCGUCGUGUUCAACCUGCUGGGCGGCCUGGCCGCCGCCAUCAGGGCCGACGUGAUCCAGACGCUGACGAUGGUUCUGGUGAGCGCCGCCUUCAUCAUCCAGGCCACGCUGAAGGUGGGCGGGCCGCAGAAAGUGCUGGCCGACAACAUUGAAGGAGGGAGAUUGACCUUCUUCAACUUCACGGGCGACCCGGCGGCGCGCGUGGACACGGCGUCGGCGCUGGUGGGGCAGCUGUUCAUGUCGCUGUCGGUGUACGGCUGCCAGCAGACCUUCGUGCAGCGCUACUGCUCCAUGCGCAGCGAGGCGCGCGUGCGGCGCACGCUGCUGGCCAACGUGCCGGCCGUGGGCGUGCUGUUCAGCCUGUCGUGGCUGGUGGGCAUGGCGCUGUUCGCGCUGUACCGCCGCUGCGACCCGCUGGCGGCCGGCGCCAUCGCCGCGCCCGACGAGGUGCUGCCGCACUACGUGCAGGAGCAGUUCGCCUUCCUGCCCGGCAUGCUGGGCCUGUUCCUCGGCAGCCUGUUCAACGGCGCCUUGAGCUUCCUGGUGUCCAACGUGAACUCGCUGUCCACUGUGACGUGGGAGGACUUCGUGUCGGCCGCGCCCGCCUUCCGCGGCAUCAGCGACCGCCAGCAGCUCACCAUCAUCAAGAUCAUCGGCGUCGUCUACGCGCUGCUGAUCAUGGCGCUGUCGCAGGCCGUGGGGCUGGUGGGCGGCGUGGUGGAGGGCUCGCUGCUGGUCACGUCGGCCACGUCGGGCGCGCUGCUGGGCGUGUUCGUGCUGGCCGCGCUGUGCCCGGGCGCCAACGGCACGGGCGCGCUGGCCGGCAUGCUGACGGCGCACGCGCUCACGGCGUGGCUGGCGGUGGGCCGCCUGCUGUACGUGCGCGACGACGUGGCCAUGCUGCCGCUGUCCGUGCAGGGCUGCGCCAACGCCACGCUGGGCUCGGCGCUGCCGGUGGGCGUGAACCGGACGCUGGCCGCGCUGGCGCCCGGGCUGGCCGGCCGCGGCCACGCGCACGCGCCGCGCCCGCCCGCACACUCCGCUCUCUUCGAGGCGCUGCUGCGGCUGUACUCCGUGUCGUACAUGUGGUACGCCGUCAUCGGCACGCUGGCCUGCGUGCUCGUGGGCGUGCUGGUGGGCGCGCUCACGGGCGGCGACGCCGACGCCUACGACGAGCGCCUGCUGCACCCGCUCGUGGCCCGCCUGGCGCGCCGCCUGCCCGGCCGCCGCCGCCGCUUCACGGGCGACGCGCCGCCGGCCGCCGAGCCGCCCGCGCCCGCCGCGCCCGCGCCCGCGGCCAAGCCGCCGACCUACACGUCGCACGGCAGCCGCCUGUUCGACGCGUACGACCGCGGCGCGCCCGCCGAGCCCGUCAAGACGAGGCUCUGAACCCCGCGCAGCUAGCUCGCUCGCACGAGGCGAGUGCGCUCCGGACACGAGGCGAGUGGCGGCCGCCACGAGGUCUACAUCUGUUUGACUUCACAUAACAUUGACGUUGGUAUUGGCUACCAUGUAUAAUAAUGACCGAGUUGUUCGAAUGCAGCUCAGCGUGGUCGGUAUUCUGUAUAGUUUAGGCGCGGGGCUCAGUGCGAAAAACGAUUUAGUAUCGCGAUGGCGCCAAGCGACCCAGUACAUAACAAGAGUGAGAUGCGCUCUAAAUCUCUUAUCACGAAAUAGACUUCAAAAUCCACUGCAAACCUGUUAUUUUUUAUAUUGCAGUGGCUUUUGAAUUAAUUUUUUUUAAUAUGUAGGUAUUAUAAUUUAAGUAGAAAUGUAAAAAUUUGCCUGCCAUAGACAGACACACAUGUUGAACUUGCAACACCCCUAUUUAACAACCGUCGAAGGUUAAAAACAAUAACUAACUUGAACUAUUGUGAGGCUUUAAUAAAGUCCAUCCAAUCCGAAUUUACUAUUUGAUAUUCGGGCAUACUGCCUCCGUGUUACGGGUGUAUAGACGGAUUAGCAAAAUUAUUAUUCGUUUGAAAGGGGUUUAUUCCAAAAAUUUAUUUUCCUAAAGAUCUGAUGAAGAGUUUCGGAGACAGACAACGGAAUUCUUCAAAAAGUAGCAGCAAAUCAACCGCGAAUGCUGCUAUUGCAUGAAUAUGCAAUUAUUUACGCAAUAACAUGAAGAUUUGUUUUUUUGUUAUUCUAAAGUUAUAAGUACUCAGUACCUAGUACCUAAUAAAAUACAAAUGCCUAAUUUAUUUGUACCUAUAGAAGAAUUAUAUAUCGAAUCUACUUUUUGAACCGAAUCUUUAUGAUGACACGCACGCAGUUUAUGACGUCAAAUGUAAAGACUGCCAAGUUUGAUGACUAUGAUUGUGUGAACAUUUAUUUAGUGAAUAUCAUAGACAACGAGGUCAAAUGAGUUCACUUUAUUUAUUGCAGCUCAUUCCCGAUGGGCAUUUAAUUUAAUAAUUGUAUUUAUAUUUUUAUUUAAAGAAGACCAAUAACUUGACAUGAAUAUGACGAUACAAUGCAUGAAUAAUAUAUAUAUAAUAAGUAUAAAUUAAUACUUAGAUUUAAGUGCCUAAAUUCUGUGAUUGUUUAGAAAUUGCCAACAUAAUUCAGCCAAAGAAUUAAUAAAAAAAAUAACGUUUUCUAACGUUAGAAUUGGUAAUUUAAAAAACCGGCCAAACACGAGUCGGUCCCGCGCAUGCAGGGUUCCGUACCACUAUUUACAAAAGCGGCAAAAAAAAUCAUAUGUGUUGUAUGAGAGUCCCCUUAAAUAUUUAUUAUCUUUUGUUUUUUAGUUUUGUUGUAGUAUCGGCGACAUCUGUGAAUACUUCAACCGUCUAACUAUUACGAUUCAUGAGAUGCAGAUGGACCUGGUGACAGAUAGACAGACUGACGGACGGACAGUGGAGUCUAGGUAAUAGGGUCCCGUUUUGGGUACGGAACCUAGGGUUCCGUGUGAAGUAGACGUACAAAAUAAAGAGUUGUGACUCAUAUUGUAAUAAUAUUAAUGUAGGUAAUGUUCUGUACUUAUGUGAUAUAUUCAGUAUUAGAUUUUGUAUGCGAGUUGAGAGUUAACUAUUUUUGUACAAAUCAUGAUAAGGUAGGCAGGUACUAAUAUUGUCCACAUGUCGUUCAGAGUGCCGAGUGUGGGGUUUGUACCUACGUUUACUUAUUCGGUCGCGUGGAAGUCAGCUACUAAAUUUUUGUCGUUAUGGUAUCGAAGGAGCGCCAUCUUGUGACAGCACGGUUUCCCAGUAUUGUCACUAGAUGGCGCUGGAAUAAGUAAACGGAGGUAGAAAAUCUCGCACUGGGCACUCUUCAGAUACAAAAUAUUACGCACGACCGAGCCCGGGGCCACGCCCUGGUACAGUUAAUAUAACUUAAAUACUAUUGUAUGGUUCAAAAAAAUAUUAUUGCUAA